AAAUGACGGGAGGAAAUGAGAUGUAAAAUCAUUCAGAAAAGCCAAGACAGCCUUCCAUAAUCAAUUACCUGUAACGUUUACACAGUGGGAAAGAAUUGCUAUGGAACAAGUGCUUCACCAAUCUAUUUUAUCACAAAGAACUCUGCGAAAAAACAAAUUCUGAAUGCGCUGAAUUUCGGAACAUUCACAUACCUGACAAUUUUGACAAGAAUUUGUAAUAGAUAUUUGCUAUGUUAGGGGUUCGCAUGAAGCUGAACUGUUAGCUUUGACAGUCAUCUCAGAGAAAGGAAAGUCUUCUCCAUGUAAAAUUGGCAACUAUGGAUGACAGACCUCGCUUUAAUUUUUGGAGAUUUUUGUUUUUGUAUGCCGCUUUCCUUCCUUUGAUCGAAGGAAACACUGCAAAAUUCUUCGGCAUAGGAGCAAUGUUAUCCUCUCUAGGCCAUGAGAAAAUCUUCGAGGAAGCCGUUGGAAAAAUAAACGACAAUUCAAGUGGUUUACUAAGGAGAGUAAAAUUGAAUGGAAGCUCUUAUGUUUUGAGUUCAAACCCUAUUCGCUCGGCUCUUGAUGUUUGCGAGAAUUUGGUCGCCAAUGGAGUCGUUACUGUUAUAGUCAGCCACCCAAAAGACGACUUUUCGCCGCCAAUUUCAAUCUCGUAUGCCUGCGGUUUCUAUCAAAUUCCUGUCAUUGGAAUUUCAGCGCGACAAACUAUCUUCUCGGACAAGGUAAGACGGGAAUUUGAAUUAGAUAAAAUACAUUCUGAAGUUUAUGUUCUAGCGUAAGUAUUUUGCUCUAAUUGAAAGUUACCAGUUAUAUUUUUUGGACUCAAAUGAACAAAUAUAUUGUGUUUUACUGGUCUCGUUUUUUCAAAGGAAUUACUUUGAAUUGCCACACAAUCUGCAUUAUCAAUUUGCAAAAUGACAUUUUGCAGUCGACGCGACCAUUUUUGAUACUAGUAAAACUCAACAAGUGAGGUUGACCAAUUUCUGUGAAGAUGACUCGGUGAAGUAUUUAGCGAUGUCGAAGACGUGCUUGAAAAACUUUAAUUUUAUUUGGCAAUAUAAAUGUACGUAAAUACUAUGUGGUUAAAAUUUCUCCUGGUUUAUAAUUCUUGAAUCAGGGUAAUUUACCUGAAUCCCACUGUCUCGUUUUACAGUAAAAGAGCCACGAGACCGGCAAAUUUUUUGCCGGUGUGAACACUUAAAACCAAGGAAAAGUUUGUACCUAAUAUAAUUUGCUUAACAUUCACAGAAAAAGAGGAAAUUUUGAACGAGAAUUGGUAACAGGAAAGAUAUUGUUUUGUUUUUUAACAUGCUGCAUCUAAGGCAAAACAUGGGAACACUUGUGGAAGUUUUAAAAGCUAUCUGAACUAGAUAUUGCUCAUAGAAAUUCGUUAAGUGCCUUAAGUUACCGUAAGUCAAAUGAGAUGUGGAAGAAGAUAAACUUCAUUUAUUGCAUUUUAAUGCAAAAUAAUUUUAUUGUGAACAUGCGAAGCUGAAGGCAAUAUUUGAUGAAAAAGUAGAAAUGGUACUUUUUAUUCACAUCAUCAAGAUUUUUAUGAGGAUGAAGUUGAACAAGGGUUUAAUGCUGAGUUGAUUUGACAAAAAUAUCUUCGGUUUUGCAUAAAAUCCAAAGGAGAAUGCUGUGGUACAAACAUCAACACCUCAAGCUGUGCAUGUACUUAUAUUGCGUUUUUUUUUUGCCUUGUAACUUUCUUAUUAAAACUUAAAAAAACUUAACUAUACACUAAUUUUUCUUUGUGAUAUUUUUGGUGUACUCAGAGGCUAGGGGCAACCAGUAAUUUUUUUGUGACAUAAUCUUCAAAAUCCGUAAAAAUUCGUUAAUUAUUAAAGAAUCUUUUCCUUUUCAAAUUAUAUGCAAAUGUGUAUAAGUGUCUGCCUUUUGAAAAUUGUAUCUUGUAACACAUUUAAUUUUUUAAUUUUUGCCAACCCGAAUUAAUCACAAACUAGCACAUAUAUAUAUACAUGAUUGAGUGCAAACCAAUGUAUAGACUAUAUUAUGCAAAAGUAAUAUUUGCAGCCAAACCAAACCUAGUAAGUUACCUUUUCAUUUAAACAACUACUUAUUUUUAGCAUUGAAAUGUAAGAAUGUCAAUUGUUGAAUUGUUUUAAACCUUGCUUAAAAACCAACUACCUCAUGAUCUGACCUUAUUAUGGGUAAUUAGACAUCUUACUGGCCUGCAAUAGAAGUAUUUGGUUAAAAGCUACAAUAAUACUAUUCUAAUUUAUGCAUGGACUUAAGCAGAGAUGGAAUAAAAGCUUUUCUAUUUACUAGUAGAAGUUUAUGUUGAAUUAAGUGUUUUGGGCCACUAGGAUGUAUUUGUGCUUGAAAUAUGUUAUCAAGAAACAACCACUCUAACUUUGGAAUAUGAUUCAGACUUCAAGGAGGAUUUUAUUUUAGUUAUUUACCCACAAUAUAAUUCAAUUUUUUUUCUGCAGUCAAUCCAUGAGUCUUUCUUGCGCACUGUACCAUCAUAUUCAGAUCAGGCUAAUGUUUGGAUGGGACUGCUGAAACACUAUGAAUGGAAGAGUGUUGUUCUACUAACAAGCACUGACCAGGACAGCCGUAUGAUUGCAACCAGGUUCACAGGCCUAGCUGCAGAAUAUAAUAUUAAGGUAUAGUGCAUACACAUAUAACCUGUUCUUGUUCUUCAGAACCCCAAUACAAAAAUGUACUGAUGAUGUGGCAAAAUAUGUUUGUUAGUCUUACUGUGAGUCAGGCCUCCUCUGAGAGUGUUCAGGUUUGUGUAGCAUGUAUAUGUUGUGAAAAUGUUAUACCUCCUUUCCUGUAUAGGAUGCAAGUCGAUCUUGCAAUUUUUUUUUUGUCAGAUAAUACCCUAACAAGCUCUAGUGCUCAGUACUUUAUGUCAGAAAUACACCAAAAGAAAUUUGAAACCUGCAAUUGAUGUGCAAGGUUCAAUGUAAAUUCACCUAACCACUUGGUAACCUCAUCUAUGUUGCAAAUUGGCAAGCUGACUGCCCAAAGAUGAGCAGAGAUAACUGAAUGUUGUUUGGUAUAUACAUUGUCAAAUGACCAUUAGCUUUUUAUAACAGCAUUCAGUUCUGAUUGUUGCCUCUCAACCUCCAUGAUAGUCUUGUAGUUGUAGUUUUUCAUGCUUUUAUCAAAGUAUUAAUUUUUCAGGUUAACUGAAUCCUUCAUUUUAAAUGGUAUUUUGAGGCUCUUGUAAUUGGAAUUUGUUAUGGGUUAUAUUUAUUAGAUUGAGAAAACCAUCAUGUUCCCUGCUGGAUGUGUGAAUGUCACAUCUCAUUUAAUGAAGAUAAAGAAAUUGCAAUCAAGAGUCAUUCUCUUCAGUGCUAGGUUUGUUACCUUACUGCUCUUGUUUUAAAGCUUACUAAAGUCCCAUUCAAAUGGUCAUGAUAGUUGAUCAUAGGCCAUGAUUGUUUCAACUUUCAUUCACUAUCAUUGGCUAUCAUGUUUGAAUUAAAAUGGUUCAUGAUGGAUGGUGAUAAUUGACAAAAUCAUGCAAUGAGAUUGUGUAAUUGUAAACAAAUAUGGCGUGAGCUGAGGUCAGCAAUUUCGGUGGUAUUUGAAAUUUUAGUUAAAAAGUUGCGAGUUAAAGAUACUCAUGAAGCCUACCAGGAGAUGAAGAGAAUGAACUGCAAGAUAUCCUGCAGAAUUUUUGCAACUACUUUAGUCAUUUUACCAUUUGACAUUUUGGUUUGAGCCCAUUUUUGGCAAAACUGCUGACUGAAAAACUAUCAUUCACCAUCAUCUGCGCAAUUCAAAUGAUAAAAACUAUUGUAAACUAUGAUGGCAAAUUUGAACAUGUCCAGAGUACAUGAUAGUCAAGGAUAGUCAAUGAUAGUGCAUGAGAGUUCGUGUUCCAAUGUGCGUGAUAGUUGAAAUUAUUAUUUUACUAUCAUAACUGUUUAAAUGGGGUGUAAUGUUUCAAAGUGGCUUAUAGAUAUAUAUUUCUACAAAUAGUUAGUUUUAUUGAUAGUAGGUCCUUUGCUUAACAAUUUUAAGAUGUAAGGUAAAGAAACCUGCCAAGACAAUGGAUAGUCUACACAAUGAAAGAAUAGUUUUUCUAUAUCUGAACAAAUGCAUUUAACUUAAUUCACUUGAUCAUUACUGGAUUUUAAAUAAAUAUAGUUUGCCUCAGUGUAUAGUGGAUGGUAUUUGAAUUAAAAUGAAGUUUUACUUGAAUUUCAUGAUGCAGAAGGGUUAGACAGAUUAUUUUUCCUUUAUUCUGAUAGUGAGGAGGAUGCAGCUAUUGUUUAUCAAAAUGCCACAUAUCUAAAGAUGACUGGGGAGGGCUUUGUGUGGCUGGUGACCCAACAAACCUUGUCAGGGAGAGCUGAGAGUUAUUUGCCUCAAGGUGACACAACAAAAAAACUUCAAAUCAGUUAUUUAGUUUAUUAAAAAGUGACACCAGUGCCUACACAUACUUAAAAAUUCAUCAGAAUCUUAUGGCAAGCAGCAACUCAAAAUCAUUUAAAAUCUUCUUGGAGCUGUUAUUUUUAUAACUUGGGUAUUUAUUGCAACUCAGAUUUAAUUAAAGGAGACAAAGAUAUUUUUCAUAUUUAAAAGAGACCACCAGCUUUAAGGUUUAUAAAGAGGCAUUGGCAAAUAUCAGAUGCAGCAGUCCUUACAUGACAUUGAGAACACAGAAAUUUUAUACUGAAUGCUGGGUUAACCCGGUCUGAAAUUGUUUAAGAAGGUUUAAUUAUUUUUGAUUAUUUGUUGUCCACCCUUCUUGUUGUUAUUUAUCAAAUUUCAAAUUGUGGCCAAUUACAUGCUCGUAACAUCAGUUUAAAUUCUCAUAUGUUGGGAAAAAAACAUGAUAAAUGUACAGUACAACAUGCUACUUAUUACCAUUAGUAAAAGUUUAUUGAUCAUAAAUAACUUUUUCUCUCUUUGCCAAGUUCAUUCCUCAGUCUGCAUGAAUAUUACAUGUUUACAUACCAGUGACAUCGUAAACUGUAACAUCUUUAUUUGAACUGAAAAUUUAAAUGUUCAUGCAAAUUUGUUAUACAGGUGUGAUUGGAAUGCAGUUACUUCAUGGUUAUAAUGAGUCUGCUCAGAUUCAGGAUGCUGUUACCCUUGUGGCCACAGCCUUGGACAGACUGAUGACUUCUGGAAAUAAUUUGACUUCUCCACCUGCCAGCUGCCAACAAACUACGCAAUGGGAGAGUGGUCAAACUUUAUUCAAGUGAGUAUUUUCCAAAAGCAUGGGCAACAUUAUGAACAUCAUAACAUUUGAUGAUAUUGUGUUGUAAUUGUUCUGUCAUCAACACACAGCGCACUCAAUGUUAUCCCAAGAAAUACUAAGCUAAGAGGGUACAAAAUUGAGGCACCUAUUUAUAAAUGUUGAUUUAUUUAUCUUUUCCAAAUCAUGGCCAGAUAAGAUUGUUUCUGUUAAAACAACAUCUGCCUCCAUUUUUCUAGACUGUUUAACGGAAAAGUGUUAGUGUCCUUUUCCCAUGGAGUGUCACAUUUUCUUGAAAUGUAUUUUGAAAAUCAACACUGAUCCUUAAGUAGCAGGGUUUUUGGUACUAUAAGGGAGUUUAGUGAAUCAAAUUUGUUUGCAGAUUAAAAAUUUAUGUAUUAUGGUAUUAGUAUUAAAACUUAUCCUCAAUUUAGUAUCAAUUAUUAUUGAUAUUAAUGAAUUUAGGGGGCAUUUUUUUAUACUGGGGGGUAUUUUUUCAUUGUUUAUAAUGUUGAGGGUUGAAGCAGCCCUUUUUGCAAGCUGAAAUUUAUGUGCAGUGGAUUUCAUAUUCUGUGCUCUUUUUUAAAUUUGUGUGAAAUUUGUCAUAAAAUAAUUGGCUAAUAGAAAAGAACAUCAUCCUAAAAGGGCAUUUUGUUCAAGGGGCAGGGGCAUGGGUAUGGGGGAGGGCAGUAAUUUAUGUGCUGUAAGUUGUACACUUGACAGCUUUAGGAAAUUAAAACUGUAAAGGCCAUGCACAGAGAAACUGACUCAACAUAAACAAGAUGUUAAUUGUGUGGUAUUAUUGUUUGGUUGGAUUCCUAGUGAGCUAGUUAACACAACCAUCAUCAAUGGCAAGACAGGUGAUAUCGUACUGAACAGGAAAGGUGAUCGUAUCAACACUGCUUACCAGAUUGUUAACCUCAGAGAAAAGGGAGAUAAAAAGCUGAGGAUUGUUGGAGAGUAUCGUGAUUGGCAGGUGUCAAUCUCUGACAAAGUCUUUUGGCCAGGAGGCUUAGAGGAAAAGCCAAAAGGAAUCUUUGUUUCCACUCAUUUAAGGGUAGGGAUCAUGCAUGUGUGCAAGUAAUAAAAUGAAGUAGUUGCUGGUUCCUUCUCUAAGUGUUCGUCAACAGCUAUCCGAUGAAAGAAAUAUAUUGACCAGUGUUUGUUUCUGGUUUCGUCAUUUUACCCUCAACUUGCUGCACUAAGCAACAUUUGCUUGGAGCCCUAAGUGAAGCAGUCAGGGUCCUCUGAAUGACUCUAACAUUAGGCAUACACCUUUUUUACUAUCAGGCUGUCAUUUUUGCCCCCUAAAAGUGUAAAAACAGUAGUUUCAUGAACCUUAAGAAGACAUGCAUGUAGCUGACUAUGAUGACUUUUUCAUGGGUCAUGUCCAUCAUGUGUGAGGUGCACAGUUUUUUUCAUACUUGUUGCAGGUUGUGACUUUAGUUGGGGAGCCAUUUGUAUUUAUCAAGGCUUUACCAGAAAGUGGCAGGUGUGAGGAUCUUGAUGAUGCACAAAAGAAAAAGAGGCAUAUUAAAUGUAGUGGGAAAGUAUAUGGUGAACACACCAAACUGGUGGCAACCGAUAAGGAUGACCACUGCUGCUAUGGUAAGCCCGGAUGAGUGAUUCAAGCAAAAAAAUAUAUUUCUGCAUAUACUUGUGUGUAACAGUACUAUGAUGUACUAUUAACCGUGACAGUUCAGCGGUACACAGAUAUUAAGGUUGAUUUUUGUACUUGUUAUGGGAGACUCAACUUGCGGGCCACAGCACAACAAGGUACUGGGUCCAGAUUGAGAGGUCUGGGCUCUACCUUCUGGGUAGACGAGGACUUUCUGGGAAAUGCUUCAAAUGGGUGAGCGUUCUCUGUUCUGAGAGAAAUAGUAAUAUUACUCGUUGCUUUCCGACAUAGAUGUUUUUUCAAUUUCUUGGUGCAGAGGUAGGGCAGCAAUAACUCUGGAAGUUAAAUUCAAGAGACUCUUUCUAGUUCCCAUUCCAACCAUUACUAGUUCCUUAUUUCAUUUACAAUUGAACAUCAGUUUGUCACUAUUGGUGAUUUCAAAAAGAAGAUGGCAUUAGAAAUGCUCUUAAUUACAGUGCCCCUAACAUUACCUAUUAUUUUACUUUUUCUUGUAGGUUUUUGUAUGGAUUUGUUAUAUCGACUGGGAGAGAAAGUUAAUUUUACCUUCGAUGUUCAUUUGUCUGAAGACGGGAGCUAUGGCUCUCUGCGAAGAGUGAGUUUGUAUCUCUCUUAUGGGUGAUUUCAUCAAGGGGAAGGCGUCAAACAAACCUACUGGUAUAGCGUACAUACGUUGAUCAAUUCGAUGGGAAGCAUGAAAAAAAAUAUCAAGAAGAGAUACGGGUAUAUUAAGAGUGACACUUAUACCAAUUAAAACGCGCUCUAAACAAUCAUUAAUUACAACGAAUAAAAUAUUUUUAUGCCAAAGGUAAAUGGCACGGACAUGAAGCGCUGGAAUGGUAUGGUAGGGGAAGUGAUCGAUGGUAAAGCUGAUCUUAUUGUGGCUGCAUUGACAAUCAAUAAUGAAAGAGCUGAGUGGAUCGAGUUUUCCAAACCUUUUAAGUAUCAAGGACUUACCAUACUUGUCAGAAAGGUAAGAUCGUAUUUUGUGGUUUAUAACUGUCUUGGAAAAUCGGCAGCGUCCAAGGUAGACAGUCAGUCAGUUGGUUGGUCAGCAAGUUUCUCAGUUUACGAGUCAUCCCGUCCAGUCACUCGUCUUGGCGUCCAGUCCGUCAGUUCACAUCAAUCCAUCAGAUUUUCAGUUCGUCCGUCCGUCUGUCCGUCCGCUCUUCUGCAAGUCCGCACGUUUGCACAUUUGUACGUCUGCACGUCCACACACCCGCACAUUUCUACAUUUGCCCCUUGCUCGUUACGUUCGUUUGUUACUCCGUCUGUCCAUGCGUACAUAUACAUCCUGCCUUUACAGCGCUCGUUACAGCGCUCGUCCCGUGUCAUCUCCGCUCUCCAUAAUAUCAAGCUGUCGUCCAUAUCCUCCACAAUGUUAAUUGUGUUCGGCAGCACGUUCGUCGUUGUAUUUGUCAGAAUUUUGUUGAGUCUGCCCGUAUAACCAUCGAUAGUUUGUGUGCGACAUCCUCAAUUCAUUCCGCGCUCAUUGGUCUGUUAUCGAUCCAGUAAGUUCUUUAGUGAGGUAGUCAGUCACCAUUUACCAGUGCGCAGUUUGUGCAGCAGGUGUGUAAUCCACUUUAGUUAUAUACUGACUGAAUUACUUUCAAGUCUCAAUGCACUGUAGUCCCUUGAAACUAACCAGUGUCACAUUUUAUUCUUACCAGGAUCAAAGUAGGAACAGACUGGACUCAUUUUUGCGACCUUUCCAGAUAAACUUGUGGCUGCUGGUUCUACUCUCAGUGCACAUAGUGGCAGUUAUACUUUACCUGCUUGACCGGUUUAGUCCGUUUGGCCGGUUCAAACUAGCUCGGAAAGAAAAGGAGGAGACAGCUCUUAAUUUGUCCAGUGCUAUGUGGUUUUCGUGGGGAGUGUUACUGAACAGUGGCAUCGGAGAAGGUUAGCUAUAGUUUCACAUGUGGUACAGAGUUUAAUAGUCUUUUAUUUCCUUUUUGACCUUGGUUGUACACUCUCGGUGAUUGAAUAGAGCAGUAACUUCACACUUGGGCCAUGUUGCCCAUCAAUCAAACGUAAAACUAUUCCUGAAAAAAUCGGGUGUUGGUCACUUACAUUUUGAUAAUUACUUGAGAAGCGCUCGAGGUAGUUUUGUCACGUUUGCUUACGGACAUCAUAUAUGUGGAUGUGACAGUUUCAUUAUCAGUGCGUCGAUUUUAACACAUUCUUCUGUCCAGCAGGUUGAUUACAUCUUACUUAUCGAUUUCUUGUAUGCUGUAUUUCAGGUACUCCACGUAGUUUUAGUGCUCGGGUGCUGGGAAUGGUAUGGGCAGGCUUUGCAAUGAUCAUUGUCGCCAGCUACACUGCUAAUCUGGCAGCCUUUCUUGUUCUUGAUCGGCCUAAGGCUGUGGUCAGCGGCAUAGAAGAUCCAAACGUGAGUCAAAGUAGUUGCAUUAACAUCGUAGCUUGAGGCGAGGUCACAAGUUAUUGUUAUUGAACCUGCAUAUAUACCCGAAAUCCCUUUUACCUCUGAGGGCAACAUAAAAAAUUUCCUUCCUGUUCUUGUAGAACAUGUGUGUACAUUUUUAUGUUAACCUUUCACUGUUGUAAUCAGGCAGCGUAACAACUUACCCACAUGACAUGUUGUGUAGGGGAUGAUGAAUUAUUUUAAGUAUUAGAAUUGUAAGACUGGCAAGACCCACAAGGAGUGUCUCGAGAUAUGUGGGCCAGGAAACCCUUAUCAUACUCUACAGCUUGUCAAAGCCAGUAAAAAACAAAUAAUAAGAGGUGUUAAAAUAUGCAGUUGAAGAAGCCGUAAGAAGAGAUACAAGGGAUAAUCGAAAGGACUUACAGCGUUUCAUGUUCAUUUUUUCCAACUCAGCUGCGUAACCCGUCUGUAAAUUUCAAGUACGCUACAGUAGCAAACAGCAGUGUUGACGCGUAUUUCAGGCGGCAGGUUGAGCUGUCAUCCAUGUAUACUUUUAUGGAAAAAUACAAUGUAAAGACAGCGAAGGAGGCCAUACAGAAAGUGAACGAUGGGUAAGUGUGCUCCGUCAAAUUUAUUUAUUGUUAUGAGAAAUUGUGCAACAUUUGUUGCGCGGCAUUCCUAUUUGUGAAUACCACAGAUACCCACUUUGAGAAGUCGAUUCAAGUCGAUCUUACAACAAUCAACUAGUCUCAGAGUGUAUACAAAUUGAUGUUUGAGCGAGAGGCUCUUGUGUGUAUGUCAACUGGCCACAUUGUCUUUCUUUUUUGCAACAUUAUUACACGAGGCAAUACUUGAGUGUUAGGUUAUUGUUUUCAGCGGUAAUAAUUGCAGGACAUUUUUUAGAAAAUCGUCACAGUUAUAGUUUACCUUUGUAGAGAGAUGCUGAUGAUCAGCGUCUUUAAGAAACUAGAAACGUGGAUAGAUUGUGAAAAUUAUUUACUUUGUAUCGUGUACUUUUAAUCCGUUUCUCAUGAAGUAUGAAUGGUCAUGCGAUUUUCCUUGUUGCAGGGAAUUAAAGGCGUUCAUCUGGGACUCACCCGUCCUUUAUUACGAAGCCUCUGUAAACUGUGACCUUACUACUGCUGGUGAACUGUUCGGGCGGUCCGGUUAUGGCGUUGGCAUGCCUAAAGUGAGUUUAUGUGUGUUGGAAUUUCUUUCCAGUCUUGGUUAUUGAACCCUUAAGCUGUUCUAUCGAAAUUUAAACACACCAAGGGUGCCUGUAUUGGUUUCCUGUUUGAAUGGAACGAAAACAGAAAGAAGUAUGAUACUGUAUGGGAUAGUCAGUUCAUGAAAUGUUGAGCGCUUUUCGAUUGAGUGUUGUAAAAGCCAGAACCACAACCAGUCCGAAAAAUCAUCAACAAUACGAGCUCAGAAGGCCGCUUUGAGAACUCAAAUCAGAAAAGGGGUAACCAAGUCGCAGUAGCGUUGAGUUUUUGCAUCUGAUCAAAUCAGAGUGUUGAGAGUUUUCAAGAUCAAUUACAGGGUAGAUUAAAGCAAGAGCAAGUUAUGAAACAUAGCCGUCAGUGGGGCUCUGAAACAAUUCUCCAGUGGUUGUUAAUGAGAAAGACGUGCAGUCUUCAUGAAUUAGAUUUCAACUAAGAAGCUUUUACAAAAGUGUGUUGUGAGCUUAGUUAAUCCGUCCCUUAUUUCUUUUAACAGGGUUCUCAGUGGAGUAACGCAAUUUCACUUGCUAUUCUAAACUUUCACGAGAGCGGGGUUAUGGAGGAAUUGGAAACCACGUGGAUCGACACCAAGCAAUGCGAUGAACAGAAUAAUUCGCCUGCUACGUUAGGGCUAAAUCACAUGCUUGGUAAGUGUGCUUGCAAACUGAAACUCAUUUGAAUAAAAUCGUACUUUUAGUUGAAUUUAUGAUUGCAAAGUUUUUGUUCUUUGUUUGAAAGUAUUGACGUUCGAGCUGUUGCUGGUGACAUGAAGUGGUAAACAAAUCGAACUUUUAAUUCUCGCAAUAAGCAUACAUUUUCAACCGUUACCGUCAUCAUACGUGUGGUAGUGUUACGUGUUUUAGUUUGUCCAAUUGACGUGUUUUGUCCAACAACAACAACAACAGAAAAAGCGGCCACCUGGAAGGUGAAGUAUUCCAAUAUUGUCGAGGAUAAUGCUAUUCUUUCACUUACCUUGUGAUGCCAUUAGUACCCAGAUGACAGUCAUAUUAUGUUGGUUAUUAGUGGUCUUGGAAAUAAAGUUCAAAUUUCUGUUGGUAAACAGGGGUAUUUAUCAUGGUUGCUGCUGGAAUAGGAGCUGGAAUCGUGAUCAUUAUCUUAGAAAUCCUCUAUCACAAGCACCGUGGGUGGAAAGAAGAACAAAAAGAGCUGGCCAAGAAGACAACAGAUAAAUGGCGGGCUAAUAUCAUGAUGAUGAAAAAGGAACGCACCACAAAUGGCCAACAACCUAAUGGUGUUCUCGAUUCACACGCCCCGCAGAAUGACGGGAUAGCUCGUAGAAACCCAAUUUACAACCCGGAGAAUCACGUGGACAGCACGUUCACGUACAAUUGA